AGAGAAGAUACCUGUAAUAAAAAUUAAGGGGACAUAUUUUUUUUCAGGCAAACAAGUACUGAGUGAAUUCAUUGCCAGCAGAGCUACACUAAAAGAAAUAUUAAAGUUUUCUCUGUACUGAACACAAAUCACUAACUUUUAUAGAGCUCUAAAACUUUUUCCAGUAUCGUCAAAGUCAUCAGCAGGGACUUCCAAUCUCUCAGAGACAGAGCCCCCUCUGUGGAAGGAGAGUCCUGGUCAGCUCAGUGACUACAGGGUGGAGAACAGCAUGUACAUUAUUAAUCCCUGGGUAUACCUUGAGAGAAUGGGGAUGUAUAAAAUCAUAUUGAAUCAGACAGCCAGGUAUUUUGCAAAAUUUGCACCAGAUAAUGAACAGAAUAUUUUAUGGGGAUUGCCUCUGCAGUAUGGCUGGCAAUAUAGGACAGGCAGAUUAGCUGAUCCAACCCGAAGGACAAACUGUGGCUAUGAAUCUGGAGAUCAUAUGUGCAUCUCUGUGGACAGUUGGUGGGCUGAUUUGAAUUAUUUUCUGUCUUCAUUACCCUUUCUUGCUGCGGUUGAUUCUGGUGUAAUGGGGAUAUCAUCAGACCAAGUCAGACUUUUGCCCCCACCCAAGAAUGAGAGGAAGUUUUGUUAUGAUGUUUCUAGCUGUCGUUCAUCCUUCCCUGAGACAAUGAACAAGUGGAACACCUUUUACCAGUAUUUGCAGUCACCUUUUAGUAAGUUUGAUGAUCUGUUGAAGUACUUAUGGGCUGCACACACUUCAACCUUGGCAGAUAAUAUCAAAAGUUUUGAAGACAGAUAUGAUUAUUAUUCUAAAGCAGAAGCGCAUUUUGAGAGAAGUUGGGUACUAGCUGUGGAUCAUUUAGCUGCAGUCCUCUUUCCUACAACCUUGAUUAGAUCAUAUAAGUUCCAGAAGGGCAUGCCACCACGAAUUCUUCUUAAUACUGAUGUAGCCCCUUUCAUCAGUGACUUCACUGCUUUUCAGAAUGUAGUCCUGGUUCUUCUAAAUAUGCUUGACAAUGUGGAUAAAUCUAUAGGUUAUCUUUGUACAGAAAAAUCUAAUGUAUAUAGAGAUCAUUCGGAAUCUAGCUCUAGAAGUUAUGGAAAUAACUCCUGAAACAUUUAACUUCAAACUUCAGGAAAUGAUUAAUGAAUUAAAAAUGAAAAACUCGAACUUGACAAUCAGUAAUUUCAAAAAAUUAAUGUCAUCAUGACCAUGUAGUUUAUUCUUUCUGAUAUUUUUGAUUUAUGCUUAUUUGUUAAGAUCUUGUACAUGUAUUAAAAACUUAAAUUAAAUGCAUUCAAAUUAAAAUAAUGAUUAUUUUGCUCAUGAUUUUAAAAUUCAUUAAUGAUUAAAAUGUUUAAGAUAAAAGGAUAUUGCAUUAUGCUACCAAAAAAUAACUGAGAAAUUAACAAACAUAUUAAACUUGUGUAGCUCUU